ACCCGUUCAUCAGACCCUCAAUUCGUGACAUUUUGUGUUGUCGGUUUUUUGCUGCUAAUCGUCGACAUGACUGAUGAUAUAAUCUUCGACAAGGCGACGCUUGUGCCGGCCCUUGAAGGUGUCAUGUGGAGCCUGGCACCGGUCGCCAUCGUCAUCGUGUCUUUGCGCUUCUACGCCAGAAUUCGAAUCAUACACCAUGUGGGAUGGGAUGAUUGGCUCAUGCUCCUCAGUAUUGUCCUGAUGCUCAAGAACUCCGCCUUUGUGCAGGUUUCUAUACACUAUGGACUCGGGAGACACAUUGGCACGCUGGAAAAGAGCCGGGCUCAGAAGGCCAUUAUGUGGGAUUAUCUCGCGCAGCCAUCUGCCAUCAUGGCACCGACCUUUGGGCGUAUAUCCUUCGUCCUGACGAUCAUGACCCUCAUAGGGAAUUCUAGAACCAGACGAAGCAUCCUCUGGUUCAUCCUCGUUACCCAGAUGCUGGUAAACGUCCUGUGCUUUUCCAUGAUUCUGGCGCAAUGCAAACCGGUCGCGCUACUUUGGGAUAAGAGCUUGGAGGGAGAAUGCUGGGACUUGAGGGCUCAAGAGUACUUUGGAUACUUUCAAGGAGCUUACAACUCGGCCACGGACCUCGUGCUGGCAAUUUGGCCUGCGUACGUCUUCUGGCACCUCAACAUGAAAAGGUCGAUGAAGAUUUCCAUCUCGCUCUUGAUGGGGAUCGGUGUUUUUGCCAUGGUUGGCUCCAUUGUGAAGACGAUUUAUCUGUCGUCGGUCGGGAGCGCAGACGACUACACCUUCAACACUGCCUACCUGGUGAUUUGGUGGAGUGUGGAAAACUACGCGGUCAUCAUCGCUGCUUCUAUUCCUAUGCUGAGGCCUCUGGUCGCACGCAAUCGAUCGGUCAACUCGGCGUAUCCGAGUGCGAAGUCGUCGUGGAUGAACUUAUCAUCGGACCGACGAGGGAAGCCACGAAGGGGACAGGACAUCGACGGCAUGCCGCUGACCGUCAUGCGCCCAAGCCUUGACGGUAACACCAGCCACAAACACUUUGGCUCCGCAAUGCCCACUGGCGACGGUAGCAUCAUGAAGACGUCCGAGGUGACAGUCAAGUUUGGGCAGAAUAGGGAACGUAUGAUUUAG